ACCCUUUAUGGAUCUUAGGUAAGUAGCAUCAAUGGUAUAGUUGCUUACAGUUGAGCCCAAUCCCAAAGAGAAAGGAGAAAACUUCUUGAGUUUUUGAGAAUCAUCCUCUAAAAAAGUUUCAAAUCAAAACCCUCUUAGAUCUAUUUCCAUCUCCUUUACCUCAAGUUUCAUUCAAGUCUGCAGCCAUGGUGACCAUCUGCUUCCUUUCUCCCUUCAAACCCAUCUCCUACUUACCAACCACUUCCAUUUCCUCAUCCCCAAUCAACCCUAAACCCUCCACUCUCAAAUGUAAAGCUUCUCUUCCAACCCUCGUCACCACCGAACCAGACCCUGUAUUUACCUCCGUCAAGGCAUUCGCACCCGCCACCGUCGCGAACCUCGGUCCGGGCUUCGACUUCCUGGGUUGUGCAGUUGAUGGCCUUGGCGACCAUGUCACCGUCCGAGUUGAUCCCGCCGUUCGCCCUGGAGAGAUCUCAAUCGCCGAUAUCAUUGGUCCGGGAAAGCUCAGCACCAACCCACUAUGGAACUGCGCUGGCAUCGCCGCCAUCUCCGUUAUGAAGAUGCUCCAGAUUCGAUCCGUCGGCCUCUCUCUCUCUCUUGAAAAAGGCCUCCCGUUAGGUAGCGGGCUCGGAUCCAGCGCCGCCAGCGCCGCCGCCGCCGCCGUUGCCGUCAACGAGAUCUUCGGAAAGAAAUUAACCUCUCAAGAGUUGGUCCUCGCGGGACUAGAAUCCGAAGCCAAGGUUUCCGGAUACCACGCAGACAACAUCGCUCCCGCAAUAAUGGGAGGGUUUGUUCUGAUCAGAAGCUAUGACCCACUAGAACUGAAACCGCUAAAAUUUCCAUCCGAUAAAGAUCUGUUGUUCGUGCUGGUGAGUCCAGAAUUCGAGGCUCCGACUAAGAAGAUGCGUGAAGCGUUGCCUUUGGAGAUCGGGAUGGUGCACCAUGUUUGGAACAGCAGCCAGGCGGGGGCGCUGGUGGCGGCGGUGCUGGAAGGAAACGUGGCUGAGUUGGGAAAGGCGUUGUCGUCAGAUAAGGAAGAUGGUGGAGGCGUUUUGGAAGGUUGGGAAUUUGAAGGCGGUGAGUGUGGUGAAGAAGCUUGAUAGGGUUGGGGCAAGAAUGGUUGAUGGUGUUCGGAGAUGAUCAAAUUUUGAUUUCUGUUGAAUAAAUUUGUAAUUGAAGGUUGGUCUUGAAAUAUUGGUGAAGUUUGCUUGUGCUUCA